CUGAUAAACUCCAGGACUCGGCUGCCAGGGAAGUGUUUGCAUCGCAGCUGCAGCCCGGACGCAUCCAGAAGAUCGGACUGCGGGCACCACGCGAGAAAAUGACCCACUCCGUGCCAUAACGCUCUUUAUCCCUUUCGGAAGCGAUCUCCCUGGGUGGCACCGGGACCCCCACAGUAUGCUGCUGUUUGGAAGUAGAGAGGAGAGGCAGCUGGUCCCCGCUGUGUAGGUGCCGUCCGCCCGUGUGCCCCACACUCUGCCCGCCCGACACUUUUAGAGUCCCGAUGGCCGGAUCGGAGUCCGGGGCGUUCUGAGGACACCGGAGCCUCGCCAGGCGAACCGCGGUGACCGCCCCGUCCCCUGCCAGACGCGCUCAGGACUCUCGUUAUGGGCUCGUUAGGCUGCUUCCUGAUGUGGGGCUUUCUGACCUGGGGCGCAGCGUGGGCGCAGGGCGAGUACUGUCACGGCUGGCUGGACUCUGCGGGCAAUUACCAGGCCGGCUUCCAGUGCCCGGAGGAUUUUGACACCGUGGACGCUACGAUCUGCUGCGGCUCCUGCUCCCUGCGCUAUUGCUGCGCCGCGGCGGACGCUCGGCUGGACCAGGGCAGAUGCACUAACGACCGGGAGCUGCGGGACCCCGGAGUCACAGCGCAACCUGUGUAUGUUCCAUUUCUCAUUGUCGGCUCCAUAUUUAUCGCCUUUAUCAUUGUGGGAUCCUUGGUGGCAGUCUAUUGUUGCACAUGUUUGAGACCCAAGCAGACAUCUCAGCAGUCCAUGAGGUUCAUGUUGCGCAGCUACCCACCAGAGACUCUGCCUAUGAUCCUUACCAGCAGUAAUGUAAGAACGCCUUCCAGACAGUCUAGUACUGCAACUAGCUCCACCUCGACUGGAGGUUCUGUGCAUAGACUGUCCUCCUCCAGGGGAGAUCCAGGCUCUCUGGUGCCAUCCCCACCACCACCCUACUCAUCUGCACAUUCAAUCCACUUAAAUCCAUCUACUACGUUCCUGGUGUCCACCCAGUAUUUCUCAUACCCGAUUCAAGCCGAUGCGGUCACCAAUAAGAGUUGUCCAGAUUUCAGACACAGUUAA